UUCGGGAGCUCCAUGCGCUUAUCUGAAGGGGCGUGUGUUUGUUUGCGCGUGUGCUGUGUCCUUUUUCAAUCCGAGCUGCGAAAACAAAUGAACAGUGCUUGUUUUUCCGAGUGAGAAAUGGAUCGCCGAGCUCAUCUAUUCCUGGUCUUUUUCUCCGGCUUUGUUCUUUGGGCCGACACCACCAUUGCAGAGCUCAGCUUUGCCUUGCCGGAGGAGAUGAGACCCGGAUCCAUUGUUGGGAAUAUUGCCAAGGACCUCGGACUCGAAGGACGGGCGUUGAUCUCUCGUAAGGCCCGUAUCGACACUAUUCAUGAGGAUGUGCGUUACUGCGACAUUGACGUCAAAACGGGUAAUUUUGUAAUCCGGGAGAGGAUUGACCGAGAGGAGCUGUGCGGAGAGACGCUGACUUGUAUGCUGAAAUACGAAUUGGUGUUAGAAAACCCGCUUGAGCUCCAUCGCAUUACGGUCCUCGUCCAAGAUGUAAAUGACAAUCCACCCGUCUUCCCAAAGGAUGAAAUAAAGCUUGAAAUCAGAGAAUCCACCGUCAAAGGAACUCGAUAUCGCGUGAACGAAGCAGAUGACGCUGACGUCGGCCAAAAUGCUGUUCAACAAUAUUUCUUACAAAACAAUGCGCAUUUCGUUUUAUCAGUUCGAGAGAAUUCGGAUGGAUCAAAGAGUCUUGAAUUGGUGUUAGACAAAGCGUUUGACCGUGAGACAGAAAAUGAUUUAAGUGUGGUGCUCAGUGCCAGUGACGGAGGCACUCCCGAAAGAUCAGGAACGACCCUCGUGCACGUCACGGUGCUGGAUGCGAAUGAUAACGCCCCAGUGUUCGGUCACGAUGUUUACAAGGCCAGCCUGCCUGAAAACUCACUGCUGGAAACUGUCGUCGUCACCGUGAGUGCAACGGAUGCAGACGAUGGCAUCAAUGGAGAAGUUACAUAUGAUUUUAGUCGCAUUGCAGAAAAAGCUAAGAAAGUAUUCUCCAUUGACAGCAAAACGGGUGAGAUGAAAGUAAUCGGGUCACUUGACUUCGAGAGUAAUUCCAAAUAUGAAAUGCGGGUAGAUGCUAAAGAUGGUUAUGGACUUUCCUCACAUUGUAAAGUAGUGAUUGACAUCACAGAUGUGAAUGACAACGCCCCGGUGAUAAAUAUCAAGUCGCUGACCGACCCGGUGGCGGAGAACGUGCCGCCCGGCACCGAGGUGGCCAUCGUUCACGUGCAGGACAGAGACUCUGAGCGGAACGGGCAGGUCCGCUGCUCCGUCCGACGAGACGUCCCCUUCCGCUUAGUUCCUUCCAUCAAGAACUAUUAUUCUCUGGUGACGAGCGGCCGGCUGGACCGCGAACUGGUGUCCGAUUACAACAUUACAAUCGGCGCCAGCGACGAGGGCUCUCCUCCUCUGUCCUCCCGGAAAAGUCUUCGCCUGUCCGUCGCCGACGUCAACGACAACCCGCCCGCGUUCGAGCGAGAGUCCUACAGCGCCUACGUGAGCGAAAACAACGAAGCCGGCUCGGCUUUGUGUCGGGUGAGCGCCCGAGACCCCGACCGGAGACAGAACGGCACGGUGGUUUAUUCUCUGUUGGCGGGCGCCGAGGUGAACGGCGCCCCGGCGUCCUCCUACGUAUCGGUGGACGGAGACACGGGGGCCGUCCGCGCCGCGGGCUCCUUGGAUUACGAAGACUUGAGGAGUUUUCGAGUCCACGUGGUGGCCAGAGACAAGGGUUCUCCUCCGCUGAGCAGCAACGUGAGCGUCAGCGUGUGGAUACGGGACGUGAACGACAACUCUCCUCAGAUACUGUACCCCGCCCCGGAGGGCGACUCCUUCGUGACCGAGCUGGUCCCCAAAGCUGCGCACGGAGGCUCCGUGGUGUCCAAAGUGAUAGCGGUGGACGCCGACUCCGGACAGAACGCCCGGCUGUCCUAUCAUAUAGUCAAGUCCACGGAUCCGGGACUUUUCGCCAUCGGUCUCCACAGUGGAGAGAUCAGGACCCGGCGGGACAUUUGCCAAUCUGACGGCGUGAAGCAGAACCUGAUGGUGGCGGUGAAAGAUAACGGACAGCCCCCUCUCUCCGCCACCUGCUCCGUGUAUUUACUUCUUUCCGAUAACUCGGCCGAGUUGCCGGAACUCAUGGACGUUUCCUCCGACGAGCGGGAGAAGAAUUCCAAAGUCACCUCUUAUCUGAUGGUGGCGCUGGUGUCCGUGUCCGCCUUCUUUGUGACCUUCAUGGCGGCGGUCCUGGCUGGGAGCUUUUGCCGCAGGAGAAAGCCCAGACUGUCGUCGGACGGAGCGGUCGCCGUCCCCGGCGCGUACCUCCCUCCUGAUUACGCAGAUGUCGACGGCGCGGGAACUUUACGCGGCGCCUACGACUACGACGCCUACUUGACGACGGGCUCCAGGACCAGCGACUUCAACUUUGUGCGUUCUUACGACGACGACACGCUGCCCGCUGACCGCGCGCUCGCGAAGAGUCCCAGCGACUUCGAUGACGAGCUUCGCGAUUCUUUCGACCCACUUGAGGUAGGCACGAACAUUAGCGAUGUGGUGAAUCAUCAUACUUGUUGCAAGGAAAAGUAUUUGACUUCGAUGGUCAAUUGGAUACUGGAGCUGGAUAUUUGUUGUGCGUCCGAGCAGACGCGUUGGCUUGAUUCAGCUGCGCUCUGUUUUGAAACUUAA